GUACACAAUCAUAUUUUUCUAAUGCAUUUUCAGAGACUAAUAAAUAGGAAAUUACGUUGCAGUUUUAAUAUUUAUAUACUUCUGAAGAGCAAAAGUACGAAGCAAUAUAGUCAAAAUGUUUGGUUUUGGAAGAGUAUUUGAUGAGAUGAAUCAAGCUGUUGGUCAACGGAUGACAAGUUUCAACACACAAUAUAAAUGUUAUUCAAUCAUGAUGUUACCAGGGCAAGAAAGAGAAGAUGUUGAACGUGGAGGAAAAAUUAUCAUGCCUCCUUCAGCUUUAGAUCAUUUGAGUAGACUUCAUAUAUCUUAUCCAAUGUUAUUCAAAUUGUCAAAUUUAAAAGCAUCUCGAACAACUCACUGUGGAGUUCUUGAAUUUGUAGCUGAUGAAGGGAAGAUUUAUUUACCAUAUUGGAUGAUGGAAAAUCUUUUAGUAUCAGAAGGGGAUCUUGUAGGAGUGACAAACUGCACAUUACCUGUUGCAAGUUAUUCAAGGUUUCAACCUCUGUCACCUGAUUUCCUCGAUAUAUCAAACCCAAAAGCUGUCUUAGAAAAUGCUUUAAGAAAUUUUGCGUGUUUAUCAAAAGACGAUGUUAUAUCGAUCCAAUACAACAGUAAAAAAUAUAAUUUAUGUGUAUUGGAAGUUCGUCCAGGAAAUGCUGUAUCAAUCAUUGAAUGCGACAUGAGUGUGGAAUUUGCAACACCUAUAGGUUAUGAACAUCCUCAAUCACAUAAACCAAAGGAAGAUACACAGGUUGAUGGGGGAAUCAGUGGUACACCAGAUGUUAAAAAAGCUCUUGAAGAAUAUAUGCAAGAAAAUGAAGGUUUUCAGGCAUUCCAUGGCCAAGGCAAUAGAUUAGAUGGAAAGAAGAAAAACACCGAAGGCCUCAAAUCUAAUAUUGAUAUUAAUAAUUUACAACGAGGAAUACCAAAUUACAAUUGGUCUGAAGGAACUUUUAAAUAUAUAAGAAAUAACGAACCUCCGAAAGAUACUGAUGGUGAUGCUGCUGGGCCGUCGUUUUCUGCCUUUGAGGGUGAAGGAAAAGCCUUACGAAAGAAGAAAAGACAACCAUGAUCAUAUUUAUCUUUCUCAAUUUUAUGUAUUUCUACAGAUUUCUUGCAAUGCUAUUCUACAAAGUUCUAUACUUAUAAAA